AUGUCAUAUCCAGCUGGGCCACCACCACUACCAACACCAGCUCCCCCGUCCCCUCAAACCCAACAACUCCGUGCAACCCUAAAAUUACACAUAGAAGCAGGCGCCUUUGAAUCCUUCCUCACGGCCUUAGAGACUCCCCACAAGCUCCAAAAGUCAGAGAUCCAACAACGCGUUAAAGGCGCAGCUAACCGCGCUAUUCUCAUCGCUAUAGAGAAAGAUGAUUGUGCUCGUGUCCGCGAUAUCGUUUCUCAAUGGAAGGAAAGCGCAGUUGAACCGGAGGAUUCUGAUACAAAAAUCGACGAAGAAGCGCUAGUAGUAGCAGUUCAGCGGCGGCAUGGUGAAAUCGCUGCGCUGCUUGUGGAAAGUGGUGCUAUGGUGGGUAAAGAUGUUCUCCGAGCAAUGCUAGAUGGGUUCGCGGAUGCGGAUGCGGACUACAAAGAGAUGGAAGAGUUGCUUGAGAGAUUGGUCAAGGCAGGCUGGGAUGUUAAUGCCCAAGUAAAGUGUCCUAUGAAUACUUAUGCGCUUCAGCUCGCGGUCCGAGCAGCUUCAUCGGCAGGCAACACGCGCUUUCUAGACUGGCUGCUUGAGCACGGCGCAUCACCAGAUAUAAGCGUGGUUCACUGGACGGGGUUCUCCAAAGGCGCCGAUACAGCUUUUGCAUGGACGAAACGGCAGGCUUCACCUUGGACUACAUUUAUCAGAGAGUUGGCCCCGAUUUCGUGUAUUCGAAAAUUGUUGAACCACGGCGCAAAGCCGGAUAACAACGUUCUUCACGCUGCUAUCCGAUUACCCAGGGAGAAUGAUGACCGCAUGCUGAUUAUACAGUUGAUGCUGGCUCGUGGGGCAGAUGUCAAUGCGUUGGAAACGGAUAUUUUAUGGGUUUCUAAUGGUUCGAGAGUGACUAUCACGCAUGCGACGCCGUUGUACGAGGCUGUUAUCCAGGACGACUUAGCUGUGAUGAAGUUACUUGUGGAGCAUGGAGCGAAUGCUCGAGUGCGGAAUAGUAUAAGACAAUGGAGCUCAGUGAAACCGGGGAUGAAUGCUCUAGACGCAAUGAGGCGGUCUACGAAUGAGGAGAUGAGAGCUUUAGCGGACGAGCGAUGGGGUAAGGAGACUCGAGCGCAGCAGAAGGAAAGGAAAGAUCUUUUGGGAGCACUUGAACCGAGGAAAGCGUUUCCGGUCAAGUCUAAGCGCCGCCGUUUGUAA